CUCCCCUCCCCGCCUCGCCAGUCGCUCCGCGCCGCUCCUCUCCUCUCCUGCGCGAGGUGAGCAUGCGAGUUCCCACUGCGACUUGUGCGUCAGCGAGCGGGUACCCGAGCGGACGGGUCUCCACGCCGGCCACGGGACAUGACCUGCGUGGCUGCAGCCGAUCACCGUGACUGCCGUCCCGAGGCCGUGCCACAUGGAGGCUGAUUCAGGAGCUGGUGGUUGUGCUGUCUGCCGCUGUUGGUCCUGGUCCUGCAGGACGGACAGAUGCUGUGUUCAACGGAGCCCCGAUUGUCUGUGAAAUUCGCAAAGCGGCGGUGAAAUAGUCGGUCCAGCAGGCGACAGCUGGAUCUUCCAGGGGCCCUCGGUGUGGCCCUCGGGGUCAGGAGGAGCGGAGCCCGUUCAGGCCUGAAACCGGCAUGAUGAUAUCAGUUCACACAUCAGUGUCUCCAGAGAGCAGACUGUGAGGACCAGCCGCCACUAUGCGAUGUGUGUAAGGGACCAGUGGAGGAGUUGUGACCCCAGGCGGGAUGCUGCUGAAGGCCAGUCAGUAUGAAUCUGCUGGACUUGUGGCUGUCGCGCUCCAUCCCCAUGUGCCUGCUCCUUCAGAGCCUUGUCCUCAUGGCCCUGUGCUUCCCCUCGGCCAGCAUGUGUCCAAAGGGCUGCAUCUGCCAACGCGACCCCCACCUCCACGGCCUCAACGUUACCUGCAGCCAGUCCCGCCUCAAAGAGAUCCCCCCCAGCCUCCCUGUUGACACCGUCCUUCUAAGGCUGGAUCACAACCAAAUAGGAGCGGUGCCCGAUCAAACCUUCCAUGGACUUAGGCUGUUGAGGGAGCUCAAUCUUUCAUACAACGCGGUGGAGACUUUAGGGGAAGCAGCCUUCAGUGGUAUAGAGGCGACUUUACAGGUGCUGGACCUCUCCCACAACCGUAUUACUAGCGUACACAAGGAUGCCUUUGCUCGGCUGAAGGCCCGCGUCAUUGUGGAUGAUAACCCCUGGCAUUGCGAUUGCGCCCUCCAGCAAGCUAUCAGUGGAAUGGCCCACAACCACGAAGCUGCUGCCCGGGUUCUCUGCAGGAGCUCAGAGCUACGCGACCAGGAGGGAAGACCUUUCUUGGCGGUGGAUACUGACCUCUGUAACCUGGCCAAAAGGACCACAGACUAUGCUAUGCUGGUGACCAUGUUUGGUUGGUUUGCCAUGGUCAUUUCGUAUGUGGUAUAUUAUGUACGGCAGAACCAGGAGGACGCCCGCCGCCACCUGGAGUACCUCAAGUCUCUUCCUAGCAAGCCCAAGAAACCUGAUGAGGCUGAUGACAUUAGCACUGUUGUCUGAAAGCUGUGUCACAGUGUCCACCACAAACCUAAUGAACACCAAAAUGUUUAUGUAACAUGACCCACUUUUAAAGUGUUUACUAUUUGUACGACUCGUGAUGUGAGCAUCAAACUGCUGAUAAAUCUUUGUAUUUUGGAAAUGUUGUUCUAUGUCCUUAACCAGGGUUUGCUCAUGACUGAUCUGAGGUAAGACGAGAAGGGAGGCCAAAAAGUAGUCCAAUACCAACUUUAUCUUUUCUACAGAAAUUGAUUAUGGAGUUAUGAAAAGUUGAAUCUCAGGUUUAAAUAGGCAUGAAAAUGGCUGUUUUUAAAUGAAAAUUUGGAAUUUUUGAAUAUAUUUUUAAGAUGUGACACCCUAUACUCCCAUUUCCUAGAGCCCUUAUUUUGGUAAAUAAAAUCACACAUGAUGUGCAUUGAGUUUUGGAACCACUUAUUAAACUAAGUGCAUCUUCAAUGCCCCAUAAAAUCAAAACGUAAAUUACAACAUACAAAUUGUAGAUAUUACCGAGAUGCAGAAAUUUCCCCAUCGGAAUUCAAUGUGUUUCUACGGAGACUAAUGAUCUAUACAUUGUGUAAUAUUUUAGUCUAUUAAAGCUUUGAAUGUGGGAAAUGCAGAUGCUGAUCUGUCUUCACAAAUUGGCAAAAGAGACAGAUUUCACUGAAAUACUCUCUGUGGCUAGAGAGAAAACUGGAUUCUAUGGAAGCCCAUUUUUGCGAAGCAAAAAAUAAAUUUUGUGUUAAGAAAUAUCAAAAAUAUGCGAUACUGAUGAUGAAUGAUGUGAUAUUAAGCAAGCAUUUUCACUCUUGAGGGGACAUGAAUGACAUCAAGAAAUCAAGUUUCACAGCCAUGGCAACAAUAAAAUAAUAAUUGAAAUUUGCAAUUGUAUUUGGGCGAUGGAUUGAAACCCACAUAUGUAACAUAUAAUCACAAGUUUAUUGACAUAUUAACAAAGUUUCAUUUCAUACAAGAAAUGGUUCGUAUCGGAAUGGAAUAUUUUGGUAUGUAGCAAUGAUAAAAAAAAAUACGUUAUAAGGUGAAACGUUUAGCAUUUCGUAUGUGGAAGCAUUUUCAUUAUAAUGACAAACAGACCUUUUGUCAUGGUGACGACAAUAAAUUGCCAUACCAAAAACAACGUCAGACCCUGAAUCCUUCCAAUUGAUAUCCAUAUGACUUGCCACAAGAACAUUCAUGUGCAAAAGUACAAUAAGAACUUAAAAGCCCUUAAACUUUAAAAAUUUGGCCCUGACAAACACAUCAAAUCUGCGACCCACUAAUAUUUUAGUGCAGAUAAAUAUGUAGAUUAUGUGGAAGAAAAGUCAAGCUGUGCAUUUAAAUUAGUUCUGGAUAUGAAUAUUGGCAGAAACUAUAGUAUUUGUUUGGUAAUUGUGCUGUAACUGAUGAAGACCCUGAUUGUUUUGAAACAUAUAUGUAUUAGACAGCAGAUAUUCAACAGCAUUUUAAGGUUUCCUAAAAAAAAUCUCCUUCUUUACCACCAAAACAACAUUAACUCAAGGUCCAAUUACUAACUUUCUCUGAGCUAUUGUUUUUAUCCCACAGUCUUCAUGAGUGUAUGGAACUUUGAUCAGAUGACAGAAAUUGGUCAUAUACUGGAUCUACUCAAAAGGAGUCGGAUGAACAAUGCUAAAUCAACAGGGACAGCCAGAAGCAUCCUAGUGGGACUCACUUGCAUGGCUCGACAGGACAAGGCUGCCUCCGGCCUCCUGUGCAGAAGCUAUGGGGGACAGCACAAAUUGAUGCAGUAAGAAUACAAGACAACUGUGUACACUUUGUACACUAAAGCCAAACUGCUCACAGCCUUGACUGGGAAUGGGUCCAAUCAUCAACCAAUUUUCAGUAGAUGGCUGGAGAAAGAUCAAGGAGGCAAUUUGCGUCCAACACUAGAGACCAAAUUUUUGAACCAGCCCAGUGCCAAUUUACAUUGGUUAAUUCUGCAAGUCACUCUUUUACAUCGAAUGCCAACGUUCAGCGACAGUAAAGGACGUAGUAUGCCCUUUGGGUAGCAAGUCGACAAGUAAAAUCUGUAGGUUGGUGUGAUGGAAGGUUAUGUACCAUGUCUGUCUAUGAUUUAGGAGACACGAUUUGAGUCCCUUGGGCAUUUUAUUAACCCUAACCAUGAGCUUUCCCUAACCAUAACCAAGUGUUGUAGUCACCUAACACUAUGCCUUAGCAACAAGCUUUCUCUAACUUAAACCAUACCAGGCACAGAUAUUGAAGAAAGCAACUGUUGGCAUAGAGAGUAAAGAACUUUGCCAUUCCAGGAUAUUGCAGACAAGUCUAAUAUUGGCCUUUUGUCUGGUGUUUUUAAUUUCUUAAUUUCUUGUAGGUCAUGAUGAUACUCCUGGAUAACCGAGCAAACUCAAUCUGCGGAAAAAGACUUGCAUUGCAAGUGAAUGCUCUGGAAUAAGCUUUAAAGGGUCACAGCAGACUACACAAUUUUUGCCAAUAUCAGUCCGCCCCAAACAAAUUUCUUAGAUAAGAGACAAAAACCCUGACGACCGUAUGAAAUAUGCUCUGCCAUCUGUCAGAAAAGGUCCUGUAGUUUGAAGCAGUUCUGUCCUGAUCAUGACAUGAGCUCCAUGACUUCUCACGUGUUCAUUAGCUAUCACGGUCAUUUGCUCCAAAGUCAUCUUGUGAUCAGCACAUCUUGUCUGAGAUCAGUUGUGUUGCUUGUGCACCCCUCACGCCUACAUGACAACAGUCAGGGACAAGUGCGGCUUGAGCAGCACAGCAACUGUGAGAUGUUCAAAUUCUGGUUGUGUGCACUAAGUAGACCUUGAGUUGAGAUUGUUUGUCAAAGAAAAAUUUGUGUCUAUAAUGUCUGACGUUUGUACCUGUUGUCUUUAGUCAGUUGUUGUCAGUGUCAAUUGUAUAUGUACAGUAUGUCUGCACAAAUCAGAAGAAAGAACAGGACUAAAUGUCCUUUUCACCCGACUUCUUGUUGGUGUUUUGAAUCAGUCCUUGAAAGUUAAGAUGGUAAUUGUUAAUUUUUGCUUUGCCAUUACACACUCAAAUAUCUUUUUCUUAACAGACCUUUUUCAAGUGGAGAACAGAUUUGUCAAACAUGGAGAUUGCAGACUACAGUAUGCAGUCAUCUCAGUCAUCGCAAUCUUAUUUCAAGUCAAGCUGCCAAUGCAUCGAUCAUUUCCCUUUAAUAACACCGUGGACGGUGAUGUUCCCGGCAGCGGGCGAAGAGAAAAUUGAUGCGGUCAUUUUCUCAAAUGGCUUCUCUCUCAUCUCAGUCACUGAAGUCCACCAAAGCAUAGGAUUAGAAAAAGACAAUGAAAGCUACACGAGAGACAACAUUGACGUGUAAAAGUACAAUACAUUUUAUUUUCAAUUAACAAGGUUAUUUCAAAAAUACUUCUUACUUUAGAUAAUAACCUAAAGAAAUCCUGCAUGGUUGUUGACAUGUUGGAUAAUGGGUGUUGGUGGUACCUUGUGAAAUUUCCUUUCAGUUCACGUUUGAGUUGUUUGUCACAGAAUUUGUACUGUACAGUAAUGGUUGUUAAAAUGACGUCUUAGGGGAUAUGCAAUGGGAAUAUGUAGGUAGAAAACAUUAGGAUCACAUGUAAAUAGGAACGUCCAUGUUGUGUGAAAUACUUGAAAUCCCUUUAAUUGGUUGUUCUUGAAUGUGCUACACCCCUUAGCCUUGUCUUGUAGAGGCAACUUCAUACUCCUCAUGACAGGAUCAGGAUAGUCUAUAAAAUGCAUGUACAAUGUACUGAAGCACAGUGUAGCCAAGGACCCGAAAGUAUAAGUGCCUGAAUACUUGUCACAGUUAUUUUUUUUUUCAUUAUAUUAGUUAUCCACCUCUGGUCUUUGUUUCUGAACACUCCUUUAGAACUUUUUUGUUUCAUGUAUUUGUCAAUUAAGGUUUAUUUUGCAAGUUGGAAAAAGACGCUGCAUCAACUAUGAUGUUACAAGUUAUUUAACUGAGUUAUAUUCUACCAUGUUAGUUUUCUGUGCACAGACAGAGCGGCGUGUGUGAUAGACUGAUUAACAGUAAAGAAUGGAAAUGUUCGCCCUGACUAUAAUGGAUUUGUUGUAAUGGCAUGACAUACAGCACAUUAAAUAAAGGCAUUGGUUCAUGGUA